AUGUUCCAACGAUCCAGGCCUUCAACCUCGCAGAGCAACUCGGUGUCUACAUCGUAUGGGUACUACGGAUACGGUGACUACAAUACGACUACUACGUCCCGACCAGGCACUCGCAGGAACACAGGCAGACCCUCAACUGCGCGACCGAGGACUGGAGCCUCUACUAUCGCUAGGGUCGAGGCUCAGAACGUUGUCUGUGCCAUUGCCGAGUCCCGUGGUAUCUCACCCACUGUUGGCUUGGCUCUUGUGAACCUCGACACUGCAGAAGCAGUACUCUGUCAAAUCUGCGAUAGUCAAACCUUCGUUCGAACAGUUCAUAAACUUAAGGUCUAUGGUCCAUCCGAGAUUCUGAUCGUAUCUACUGCGGCGAGCCCUAGAUCAAAGCUCUUCUCGAUCGUUGAAGAAAACCUCGAAGACAUUGGAAGUAAGCUGACCCUGCUUGAUCGCCGCUACUGGGCUGAGUCGACCGGAUACGAGUACAUUCAGUCCUUAGCGUUCAGAGAGGACAUCGAAGCAAUCAAGAUUUCCGUCACUGGCAACUACUAUGCGGCACUCAAGUACAUUGAUCUCGGCUUAGGUAUGGUCUUCUCCGCUCACUCCCUUCGCAUGAGAUACGAGCCAUCUGAAGGAUCGAUGAUGAUCGAUGUGUCUACCAUUUACUCGCUUGAACUGGUGCAGAAUCUCCGCGAUCCGAAGUCAAGAGAUUGCCUAUUUGGUCUUCUCAACGAGACAUUGACACCCAUGGGAGCGCGCCUUCUUCGGAGUAAUGUCUUACAGCCACUCACGGAGGCAGAGGUACUCAACACACGGUAUGCUGCAGUCGACGAUAUGACCAAAAAGGAAGAGUUGUUCUUCGCAACCCGGGCAGCGCUGAAGAAUUUCCUCGAUGCCGACCGCAUACUGACUGCGCUGAUUGUCACUCCAAGCAAGACCACUCUGCAGACAACGGAACAAUUCAUUAAUCACGUUAUUAUGCUCAAGCAAUUCGUCAAUUCCGUAAGCCCGGUCUUCGAAGCCCUAAGUGGAACUGCAUCUGUCAUGUUGAACAACAUCCGCGAGAUAUGUGCCCCAGAGAACGUCGCACCUGUCCAGGAGCUUAUCGACCGUGUCAUCAACGAAGACACCACAUAUGCAAGGCAGCCUUUGGAACUCAGGAACCAGCGCACUUAUGCCGUCAAAUCUGGGGUGAAUGGGCUGCUUGAUGUUGCGCGUACGACUUACAAAGAGGCUACUGAAGAUGCGUACCAGCAUUCAACAGAGCUCAGUCGUGAGAUACAGUUCAUCGUGUUCAACCUCAAAUACGAUACGGCACGCCAGUUCUACAUGAAGAUCGCAACAACCGAGCUGGAAGGCAAAGCACUACCACCGAUAUUCACCAACGUCAUUCGCCGCAAGAACAACAUCGAAUGCCAGACUUUGGAAUUGAUGAAGCGCGAUGAAGCGGUCGAGGCUCUCAUCGAUGAGGUCCGCAGUCAUGUGUCUAUCAUGUUCAAGAUCUGUGAAGCAGUCGCGAUGCUAGACAUGAUUGCGGCCUUCGCCCAUCUGGUCACAGUGAAUAACUACACUCAGCCGCAGCUCACCGAUACGCUUGCUAUCGAGGCCGGGAGACACCCGAUCAAAGAGAAAAUCAUGAAGAGCAAAUUCGUCCCCAACGAUGUUUAUGCUACGCAACAGACGCGGUUCCAGAUCAUCACUGGUUGCAACAUGAGUGGCAAGAGCACUUAUAUCCGAUCCGUGGCUUUGAUGACAAUUAUGGCUCAGAUCGGCUGCUACGUUCCUGCUAAUUAUGCCUCAUUUCCUAUUCUGCAUCAGCUGUUCGCUAGACUGGGCAUGGAUGACAACAUCGAAACUAAUGUUUCUACCUUCGCCGCGGAAAUGAAAGAGAUUGCUUUCAUCCUACGCAAUGUUGAUCGACGUAGCUUAGUUUUGAUCGAUGAGCUAGGUCGAGGCACCAGUACCAGAGAUGGUCUGGCCAUUGCGUUAGCUAUCGCAGAAGCCCUCGUUUCGAGUCGCGCUCUUGUUUGGUUCGCAACCCACUUCAAAGAUCUUGCGACUAUCAUGAGUGACCGCGCUGGAGUUCAGAACCUACACCUGGCAGUUGAGAUGGAAGACGCACACAGCAUGACGAUGCUCUACAAGACGGCCCAGGGAGUCGUCCAAGAGAUCCACUAUGGUCUAACGCUUGCGCGUGUGGUUCCUUUCCCACCCGGGGUUGUGGAGCAUGCUACCUUGGUUGCACAACAGGUCGAGCGUCAUAUGCUGCGAAAGAAAAAGGCCUCCGAAACUGUGCUUAAGGAGAAACGACGCAAGCUCGUGCUCAAUCUCAAGGAGCAUCUCGUUCAAGCACACACUGGUGUGUUAGAGGGAGAGGUUCUCACUGCAUGGCUCAAGGAAUUACAAAAGGAGUUUGUGAAUCGUAUGACUGCCCUAGAAGCUGAAUCUGCAAACGCAGGUCAGGAGAGUAAGGACGAAGAGAUGACAGACAGGAGCGGGCUGAGUGAAGAAGAGCGACCUAGCACGUCCGCCAGUCGGUCGGUCAUAUCGAUCGACUCGCAUACUAGCUCCACGGAUUCUGAUUCUACCAUUCGGGCCAUGUCAGAAGUAUCUACUCUGAGAGCAGUCUCUAGUAACGAGCGUUAG